UCUGUUUUGCCUUGAUUUCUUACGCUUGUCCUGUCCUGACAGCUCUGUCCCUUCUUCAACAACUGCAGCGUUUCCCUUUUUGGAGCAACAGUAUUUCAGCUCUCUGGGGGUUUUCUGUAACUGCCAUGAGGAAUACAAACCAAUUUUUUUUCUUUGCUCUGUUUUCCUUUUCUAUUAACGGAAGUGAGACGGCUGAUGCUGAAGAAAAGUUAAUGAACCACCUCCUCAACGUUUCACGCUACAACAACUUAAUUCGCCCAGCCUUCAACUCUUCACAGUUAGUUGUGAUAGAAUUGCAGGUUAUUCUGGCCCAGCUUAUCAAUGUGAAUGAACGAGAACAGAUCAUGACCACCAAUGUCUGGCUCAACCAGGAAUGGACUGAUUAUCGCUUAGCCUGGGAACCAUCAGAAUACGAAGGCAUAAACAAACUCAGGAUACCAGCUAAGAAAGUCUGGCUUCCAGACAUUGUGCUGUACAAUAAUGCUGAUGGUACAUACGAAGUCUCCGUCUACACCAAUGUGAUUCUUCUGUACAAUGGAAGCAUUCUAUGGCUGCCCCCAGCCAUUUACAAAAGCGCCUGCAAGAUCGAAGUGAAGCAUUUCCCCUUCGACCAACAAAACUGCACCCUGAAAUUCCGCUCUUGGACUUACGACCACUCUGAAAUUGAUAUGAUUUUGAAAAAUAACUCAGCCAGUAUGGAUGACUUCACUCCCAGCGGGGAGUGGGACAUUGUGGCCCUCCCAGGACGUAGAACGGAGAACCCUUUAGAUCCAAACUAUGUGGAUGUGACAUAUGACUUCAUCAUAAAAAGGAAGCCUCUUUUUUAUACCAUCAACCUCAUCAUACCUUGUGUGCUGAUCACAUCCUUGGCCAUCUUGGUGUUCUAUCUGCCAUCAGAUUGCGGAGAGAAGAUGACACUGUGCAUCUCUGUUUUGCUUGCUUUGACUGUCUUCCUGCUCCUGAUUUCCAAAAUCGUCCCCCCAACUUCCCUUGACGUUCCACUGAUUGGGAAAUAUCUGAUGUUUACCAUGGUGCUGGUGACGUUCUCAAUUGUGACCAGUGUCUGCGUGCUCAAUGUCCACCACAGGUCUCCCAGCACUCAUACAAUGCCUCUGUGGGUCAAGGUGGUCUUCCUUGAGAGGCUGCCAAGAUUCCUGUUCAUGAGGCGACCAGACAAUCAUUCGGCAAGUCAACGGUUGGCUAACCGCAGGAGGAACAAAGCUGAGUCUUUUCCUUCUGAUUUCUCCAACACAUACAAAGGUUGUACUUACUUUGUGAACACAGCAGCAGGCCAAAAGUACGACUUGAAACUGACAGACAAUCCUGAUCACAUUAGCAGCCAUCAAGACCUGAGGUUACGAUCAUCCGUGAAAUUUUCUCCUGAGGUCCAAGAAGCAAUCGAUGGAGUCAGUUUCAUAGCUGACCACAUGAAGAGUGAGGACAACAAUGAGAGUGUCAUUGAAGACUGGAAAUACGUUGCCAUGGUGGUGGACAGGCUGUUCCUCUGGAUAUUUGUCUUUGUUUGUGUCCUGGGAACAACUGGAUUAUUCCUGCAGCCCCUUUUUCAAAACCACUUGCCUGCUGUAAGCCUGUAAGCUGUGCUGAAUCUGGCCCCAAUGACUGCUUGCUCACAGGAUGGGAAGGAUUCUGUUCCAAGUUCCACAAUUUCAGUUUCAAAAUUGUUUAUUGGGA